UGUGUGAUGCUGUGUCAUACAUGUCUUAGUGUACAGUGAACUUUGACAGUAACAGAUGUUUUUCAGUGAGUGAGUGUGGAGGAUGAGGAGGAGGAUGAAGAUUUUGUUGAACUCCUCUCAGGUGUCACAUUUCUCUCUGGCUGCUUACUCUGACCCUGGCCCAGUUAAAUAUGUAAUCUUCUUGGUUGUGCUGUGUUACUUCCUGUUGAUCAUUUUUGCUAAUGUGUUGCUGAUUGCAGUUAUCUGUAUGAACAGAAGUCUCCAUGAGCCCAUGUAUCUGUUCCUGUGCAGCCUGUUUGUUAAUGAACUAUACGGCAGCACGGGAUUGUUUCCAGCGCUGCUGCACCACAUCAUCGCCGACGUUCACACGAUCUCCACCUUCUUCUGCUUCAUGCAGAUCUACACGAUCCAUUUCUAUGGCAGCGUCGAGAUAUUCACUCUGAGCGUCAUGUCGUACGACAAAUACCUGGCCAUCUGUCACCCUCUGCAGUACCACAGGCGUAUGACAGCCGCCAAAGUGGGCGCAUUCACGGCGUUCGUGUGGCUGUACAGCGUGCUGGCCACUGUCGUGAUGAUAUCGCUGACGCUGAGUCUGCAGCUGUGCGGCAACACCAUCGACAAGGUCUACUGCGACAACUUCUCCGUGGUUCGGCUGUCGUGCUUCGACACGAGGGUCAACAACGUGUACGGGCUCGUGUACAUGUUCACCGUGAUCGUGUCGCUCAUCUUCCUCAUCCUGUUCUCGUACAUGCGGAUCCUCAGAGUCUGCUUCAACGGUUGUAGUCAGACGCGGCAGAAGGCCUUGAGCACGUGCACGCCUCACCUGGCCUCACUCAUCAACUUUUCGUUCGGGGCGUUCUUUGAGAUCGUCCAGGGCCGCUUUGACAUGAGCCGCGUCCCCACAACUGUGCGGGUCUUCUUGUCCCUGUACUGGCUCAUCGGUCAGCCGUUCUUUAACCCGCUCAUGCACGGACUCAUCCUGACCAAAAUACGUGUGGUGUGUAAGAGUUUGACCUUCAGGAAAUGAUGUGUGCAUCUGACAGAAGAUGAUGGAGUGACAUUAUCAUUUUUUCUGGAGUCACAGCAUAUCUAUUUGUAGGAGUCAUGAAUUAAUCAUAAUCGUUUUUUCCAUUAUAUUAAGGUGUGUUGAUUGUUUUAGUUUUGAUAUUAGUUUGUGGUAGGUGGGAACAGACAGUUGUAUGUAUAUGGGCAGGUGAAAAGAGUCCUAAAAUAUUCUACUCAAAUAAAAGUACCACUAUUUUGAUAACAUUUUACUUGU